AGGAAUAGCAAGAUACCCAAUGCAACCUCUGUUCACCUCAUCUUUUUGCUUUUCCUUUACUGUUUCUCACACAAUCUCUCUCCCUCUCUCUCGCUCUGGUUUCCUCCAUUGCAAACCAAGCUUCCUUUCCAGCUUUCUGAGAGGUCCCUUUCUUCUCCACACACUCAAGACCCACCAACCAUUUCACCCACCUUUGCUUUUCGUUCCCUCAAACCUCACCAUUUUGACAUAUAUUGAUUUAAUAUACAGGUCUAUGUUGGCCUAUCUAUGCUCAUUGGGUCUCUCUUGGUUCCAAAAAGAGACGCCCUUUCUUUGCUCUUGUGGCUGCUCAGGGAAGAAGAUCGAGGAGGUUAGCAUAGAUCACUGCAGAGGUUCUACUUCCCAGGCUGGAAUGUGUUGAUUGUGUGGCGCUUGAAGUAGGACCAAGUACAAGAUCAAAUUUUGAUCUGGGAAUAUCAGCAAUGUCUGAGAAUUCCCUGAACAAGGAUUUAUCAAAGAAGACAUCUAUUUUGGGUCUAAAACUAUGGGUUCUGAUAGGAAUUUCAGUUUGUGCAUUUAUAGUUGUGAUUCUUUGUAUCUUAUCUGUGUGGUUUACAUAUCGGAGGAAAACCAGAAGAUCAGUGGACAAGUUAUCAAUACCAAAUGUUUCAAAAGAUAUCAAGGUCGACAUGGUUGGGGCGCAGGGUUUGUAUGAUCAUCCUGAAAGUGUAUCUCUUACAGUCAAUGAUAAAUUGAGUGACAAAAACUCGGAGAAGGUGCUAGCUCAUCUGGGAAUUAGUAAAUCAACUGAUGCUGAUAACACCAGUCAGUGCAGCUCUAUUUAUCAUCAUGAGAGGGCGUGUAGUUCGCAGUCAGUUGAGGAGGGAAGCUCUGGGACUGUUCAGAAGCAAUCUUCAUUGUCACAUGCAGGACUUGUUACUGCCUCCCCCUUGAUUAGCUUGCCUGAAAUUUCGGAUCUUGGAUGGGGCUAUUGGUUUACUCUCAGAGAUCUUCAAUUUGCUACAAACCGUUUUGCUGCUGAAAAUGUGCUUGGCGAGGGGGGAUAUGGUGUUGUAUACAAGGGUAUGCUGAGCAAUGGAACUGAGAUAGCUGUGAAGAAGCUUCUUAAUAAUCUGGGACAGGCGGAAAAAGAAUUUCGGGUCGAGGUGGAGGCUAUAGGACAUGUUCGACAUAAGAAUCUUGUUCGGCUUCUGGGGUACUGCAUAGAAGGAGUUCACAGGAUGUUGGUGUAUGAAUAUGUGAAUAAUGGAAACUUAGAGCAAUGGCUGCAUGGUGCCAUGCGGCAGCAUGGUAGCCUUACAUGGGAAGCUCGCAUGAAGGUUCUUCUUGGUACUGCUAGGGCGCUUGCUUAUUUGCAUGAAGCAAUAGAACCAAAAGUUGUUCACCGAGAUAUUAAAUCGAGCAACAUCUUGAUUGAUGAUAAGUUCAGCGCCAAAGUUUCUGAUUUUGGAUUGGCCAAGCUCCUGGGAUCGGGAGAGAGUCACAUCACAACCCGUGUUAUGGGAACAUUUGGUUAUGUUGCUCCAGAAUAUGCCAAUACCGGCUUGCUAAAUGAAAAGAGUGACAUUUACAGCUUUGGAGUUCUCCUGCUUGAAGCAGUGACUGGAAGGGACCCUGUGGACUAUGGUCGCCCAGCUAAUGAGGUCAAUCUUGUUGAAUGGUUAAAGAUGAUGGUUGGGACGAAAAGAGCUGAGGAAGUAGUGGACCCGAAUCUCGAAAUCAAACCAGCAACACGUGCCCUGAAACGUGCCCUUCUGGUUGCGCUUAGAUGUGUUGACCCAGAUGCAGAAAAGAGACCGAAAAUGAGUCAUGUCGUACGAAUGCUUGAAGCUGAUGAGUAUCCAUAUCGGGAGGAUCGGAGGAAUAGAAAGAGCCGAACAGCAAGUAUGGAGCAGGAGCUUGAAUGUAUGAAAGAAACAAGAGACUUGGAGAACAAGGUAGGCGGUUCAGAGAGUAAUGCAUGAGUGACUGAAAAAUGACGUUAGGACUGACAAAGACGAGAUGGCCGGGAGAAUAAUAUCUCACCCAGCUUAGACUCAUUGAUUAUACAUAAUUGUGAGAAAGUUUGUUGCAUGUUUAUCUAUGUAAGGGACUGAGGGAGGAAUUUGAUUGAGGAUGGCCCAUUUUUGGUUGGCGAGUAAUUGACUUGUGAGGCAUAUGGAUGAAGAGAGGUAGAGUUUCUUGUACAGGGAGGGUGGGAGGGAUCAGUGACAGUGGGCUAUCCUUUAUUGGUUGGUCUUUGUUGUUUGUUUUUCACUUGAUCAUUAUUCGUACUCAUGGCCAUGGCCAUGGGUGAAUUACUCGUUUGGUUUCACUAUCCCAUUUAUGGAUGUAUCAAAAUUCAAUGAUGGUUCUUGGUUUUCUUUGAA